AUGUACGGUCUCAAGCAACUCUCUCUGUUGAGCUUCCUGCUGGUCUCGGCCUACGCGACCAAGGAGAUCAAACACACCACGGUCGGCAUCGAGACUGAAGGAGGCAGCCGGGGAAUUCAAGCACCUCUGGACGACUGCUACGAAGACAUUGAUGAGGAGGAGGUAUUCACUGUGUCCAUCCGCAAACACUGCCAUGUUUUCACAGGCAUUGGCUGCACCGGCCGCAACACUCUAUUGGGCCCUGGCGACCACUCGAGUAAAGACCCCGUCCCCGUCGGCGCCAUCUACUGCCACUCGACUCGACCCUACUGA